AGAGGGGAGGGCCUUUAACUACAUCUGGAACUUAUUGGGAACAGAUAGAGAGAGAGGGAGGGAGAGAAAGAGAGAAUAAGUGCGAGAAGAAUGAAAGAUCAACAAUGUGUUUGAGUUUGGAAUAAAAAGUUGCCUGCUCUGGCCAUGGAAAAGCUGGAGUCUCGUUUUUAAAACAAAGGAAGGACUUUUAAAAAGAGCUGAAGGAGGGAACAAGUCCAGGAAAAGAACCGAGGAACCGAAGAGCAUCAGAGCCUCAACACUGAACAAACUCAUCAUCCCAUCUGCUGGCAUCUGGCGCAGACCAACGACGACAAUCUGGACUGAAAUCACCCGAGAUUGCAGACAUAUUCCUGAAAGAUUCCUGGAAACGUUCCGAGUUUUUCUUCCCGAGUUCCCGUCUGCACUCCUCCUCCUCCUCCUCCUCCUCCUCCAGCAGGAUGGCCGUGUCCCGAGGCUGCCUGUGCUGCGUCAAAUACCUCAUGUUCAUCUUCAACCUCAUCUUCUGGUUGGGUGGGUGUGGCCUGUUUGGCGUAGGGGUGUGGCUUUCCUUCCGCCAGUCUGAUAUGUCGUACCUCCCGCUGUCGUUCCCGUCGCUCUCCGUGGCCAACCUGCUGCUGAUUGCCGGGGGCGUUACCAUGGUGACAGGGUUCCUGGGCUGUCUGGGGGCUCUGAAGGAGCAGCGGUGUCUGCUGAUGACGUUUUUCGUGAUCCUCCUGCUUCUGUUCCUGACUGAAGCGGCGCUCGUCCUCAUGCUGGGGCUCUUCCACAAAGAGCUGGACCAAAAAGCGAAGGAGGACCUGAUUGAGGGAAUGAAGGAUUAUGACACCAACCCCCAUCUGAAGAGCUCCUGGGACAGUAUGCAGAAAAUCUUUAAAUGCUGCGGCGUGAGCAACCACACUGACUGGUACAACCGGACGACGGAGGGACCGCCCCCUGAGUCCUGCUGCAGAGACCACACCCCUCCCUGUCACCGUUGGGAAGAGCCGUGUUAUGAGAAGGCGAAGGCGUGGGUUCUGGACAACAUCACCUGGGUCCUGGGUUUCGGAGUGUGUCUCGGCAUCGUGCAGAUCCUGGCUCUGGCCUUCUCCAUGCUGAUGUACUGCCAAAUCCUGCGAGUGGAAAAGUACAUGGACUGAUCCUGCAGAUUAAUAACAGAGAAGAGAAUUUCACUCUCUCAGGACGUCCAAAUUCAACAAAACCGUGUUUUACAGUCUUUUUAAAUUCAUUUACGUCCAACAGGUUUUUCAGCUGAACUUUUCUGCCUGUGCGUAAAGUUUAUUAAAGUCGAUUUCCAUGCAGUUGUAAAAGUCCAGGCAGGUGAAGCGGUUUACUCUAAUACUGCACAUUUUAGUCAUUAAUAAACAGCGUGUAUUGAUCACAUGUAUGACUUUAAUUAUGUUGAGAGUGAUGUUGAAGAGGAGGUUAAAGAUUGUCUAUGCUCUGUAGAUUGUUGUUUUACUGUCUAAUAAAGUGUUAUCAAAUAUUAACAA